UGGACGGAGAAUGUAAAAAAGUCCAAUUCCACAUUGUUCAGACAUCUCAGCAAUAAACUCCCUCUCCGUUGUAUUUUUCUCUCUUCCUUUCCCCCCACCAUCUACAACACACCUUCUUUGAAACAUGAACGCCACAUCCGCUGACAACGUAAAGGACCAAGUUCAAGAGGUCGUAGAGAUGCCCAAGCAAUUCUUCAAGGACGGCAUUCAGUUUGUCAACCGGUGUCGCAAGCCUGAUCAGAAAGAAUUUCUGAGAAUUACCCAAGCCGUUGCCAUGGGCUUUGCUGCUCUUGGUGCUCUUGGUUACUUUGUCAAACUCAUUCACAUCCCCAUCAACAAUAUUCUCGUCGGUUCGGCUUAAAAGAAGCAUUGACACUCUAAAAAAAUCACCUCUUCCGAAUAUCAUGUCUCUUUUCCCGUUAAUAACUCGCUACUCAUUUCCAUAUAUUAUUCAACAACAUAAAAAGAAAGGUCACCAAUAAAUGACACCCCACACUUGUAUGUGCUGCUC